AUGUUACCACCCUUACAAUGCUCUGUGGCUUUACAAUGUGCUGUGUCCAAAAACAGGAAAGUUACAUUGCACAGAGUCAAGGUCGACCCCAGUGACAAUGACAAGUUCAUUAAUGCUGUGGACCAGGCUAAGGUUAAAUCUUUCUUAGAUCGUCUAAAGGUCCAACGGAGAAACACUUUUGCUGGUUUUGUCACAGCAAGAAUGACCUCAUCCUCAGAUCCAGGUGAGAUAGAAAAACCUUUUGCCACAGGGUCAGCCCCCGGCUUUAUCCCUGCUUCAGCUCCAUCUGAAAACUCACCGCUCAAGGAAGAUCUACAGUCAAGGUCAAUCAAGAAAGUUGGUGGCAAGAAGUCUCCAGGAGCCAAGCAAUCUAAGCUUCCAUCAUGCAGUCUUCCAAACAACAUGCAGCCAACAUUUUUCAUAGGAGGAGGAAAUGGUGUCUCUCUGGUAGAAGGGGCCCUGACGGCAAUGGGAUGGAAGAGAACAAUGGACAAAUAUGAUGAACGCUUCAAACUUAAGUGGACAGAAUGUAAGACGAGGAUCAACUAUGGUUCCUACAAAGAAGGAGACCAGAUGGUGAACCACAUUCCUAAUGGAAACCUCCUUACCAAUAAACUUGGCCUACUUAACAGUCUACAGGAAUAUGAACGGGUGACCCUCAGUACCAAGGGGAGACCACCACGAUUACGAUUCUCAGAUUUUGUCCCAGAGACUUAUAGACUAGAUGAAGCAAAAGAUAAAGAAGAAUUUCUGAAAAUUUAUCAAGAGGGAGAGAUGUGGAUAUGUAAACCGACAGGACUGAACCAAGGCAAAGGAAUAUUUAUUAUCCGUUCCUACGAGGAAAUUAUCAAACUUCUGGAGGAAAGGGUACAUAAAAAGGAACAGGCACAAAAAGGCACAAAACCACUCAUGACGAGAGUCGUACAAAGGUAUAUCACCAACCCAUUGCUGCUGGAUGGACGCAAAUUUGAUAUCCGUGCCUACAUGUUAAUUGGAAGUACUGUCCCUUUCCUUGUCCUCUAUCACAAGGGAUAUGUCCGCCUCUGUUGCACAAAAUACGACACAAAUGACACAAGUCUUAUGACACACCUCACCAAUCAGUUUGUACAGAAGAAAGAUCCCAAUUACAAAGAAAAUAAAGAAGACACUGCCUGGUCAAUGGAUAAAUUUAAUGAUUACGUCAAUCAGCAUAUACAACCCAAAUCAAAUAUAGAGCUUGAUUGGGUCUAUAAUACCUUAACAAAACAAAUGCAGAAGAUAAUGAUCCACUGCUUCAAUAGUGUAAAACACAAGCUUCAGACCAGGAUGGGGUACUUUGACCUAUUUGGACUGGACUUUAUGGUUGACCAAGACAUGAAGGUAUGGCUGAUUGAAGUGAAUGUAAACCCAGCCCUUCAUUGUAACUGUUCCGCUCUGAAGGAAGUCAUACCAGCAGUUGUAGAGGAGACACUACAUAUCAGUAUAGAGUGCUUUGAGAAGGCCAAGCGACACCAGGCAUUACUUCCCUUAAACUCUCAACGUGGCUUUUGUGUGCUGUAUUGUGGGUCUCGUCCAUAUUAUGUUUCCUCUCGCACAACACGCAGUGUAUCUCCUGUUAAAGACUCAAAUGAGAGAACACGGACAUCAGUAGCAAACACUGCCGUAACGCGGAAUACGUCUCCUGUCAGGAGUCAUCGUAUGACAACAAAUAGCACACCUGUGGUCGUAGGACCAACAUCAGGGGCUGCUGGGAAUAAAUCAACUGAGACUAAUGUUAAGGAGUGUACCCCACAGAUAAUGGUAUCCAAACCAACCACUGAGGAAUUAGUGGCACUGAAAAUGACUCAUGCAGGUGGAAAUACAAACAAAAAUAACUCUAUGGAAAGUGAUGCUCAAGUGAUGGAAGAAACACAGGGAACAACUAAACAUUCUAAAGAUGAAUCUGUUGAUACCAAAGAUACACCUUCUAAUAGCACUAAAAACACGACCACGACAGAAUCGGCCCUCAAAAACACAGCAGCAACAAACGUGGCUACCAAAGACUUAGCUACAAAAGAUUUGACUACAAAAGACACAGCCAUGACAGAUGUGGUUACAAAAGACACAGCCACAAAAAACACAACUAUGAAAACAACUAAUAAUGAUACAAGUAAUAGGACAUCCACAAAAUCUAUGGAUGUUACAACUAAAUCUGUUAGCAAAUCUACAGUGAAGGUCGGUGAUACUAAAAAUAAGCCGUUCUCGCUUCGAACAAGUACCUCCACGAAGCCAACAUUGUCAUCAACAGCCAAAACCACAACAUCAAGUGAAAAUGUAAAGAUUCCAGCUAGUGCUCCCAUAAAAACAGUUGUCCUAACAACAACACUUCCCACACUGUCCCUGACAAGCUCCACUAGUUCUAAUAUACCAACUCAGCAUGUGAAGAUCUUUACAUCUUCCAACAGUACUGCAGAAACACCCAAAUCCACUUCUAAAGAGUCAGGCUCUACAAGUAGUGGUCAUACAUGGACUAUUGGUUCCCAAGGUCUCCAGAUGAUUGGUCCAGAGUCAGCACUUACUACAAAACCAGCCAUCUUGUUCCCCGGAAUUGCUGGGGCAAGCUCUGCCUCCUCUGGCCAUGGGGACACAACUCUGUCUACUUCUUCUAUACUUGGGCAAAGUCAGAGCAGCACAACACUUUUACUUGGCUCAAAUUUUCCUGGAACCACGGACAAUGCCUUAGCACGUCCAUCCUCAAAAAUCACUCUGACUUCAGCACACAGGAGAAACAGAGAUAAAGACAGACCUGACCGGGGCAACUAA